AUGUCGACUGGAAUUGUCUCGCCGUUUCAGAUUCCCAGGAAGCACCUGGCGGAUCUGGCAAACAACAAUGCCUUUACCGCGGUCAGGGAACACCUGCGCCGCCAGGAAUUGGGAAUGGAUGCUCCAAGCUUCUGCUCCCACCACCGCCAUGCCUGCUCCCACGAAGACCAAGAGUCUUUCCGUCUCCACCGCGACAUCAUCCACACCCUCCUCGUCCCCUUAUUCCUCCUCCACACUCAGGCUUCGCGCAUUGCAACUGGUGUCCUGCCUAGUUCGCGCGCUAGUGAGCCUGAACGCGCUUUCCGUGGCGAAGCUCGCAGUGCAUAUGCAUGGCUGCACUGCAUCCUGAGCGAGGAACAUGAUUGGUACCUGACAGAGCGUUGCCCCGCCUGCAUCGUGCUGCAUGUGAUGCAUUCCGAACCCACCAUUCGAUUCAUCGCGGUCGCUUGCCUCCUUUCCGGUCACCUUCAGGGCCACGACGUGCCUGUCGGAAAGAGACGUCUUCCGUCAUUCGAUUUCUGGCUUGAGACCUUGGAGACUGCUGUGCGCGAGGAUACCUUCUGGGGGGACGACUUCUGGCCUGAGAUUGAAUACCGUGCCUGCAGUUUGACCGACGGGGUUAAGCAGCUGGCAUUGCAGUGUCUGGAACUGCAGUCUACCGCGGAGCAACAGGAAUUUGAGCAGUUGCAACAGCAAGUCCACACCGUUAAGCAGACCAGCUGUGCCUGGAAGCAAGUGCCAGUUGCUGCCGAAGACCAAAAGCGUCUUAAGAUAAAUAACUGCUUCAUGCAAAGCCGCCGUCACCAGCGAUUCCACGUCCGCAGUGUUGACUCUCGGAGAAGAAACAUGACGUGA